AUGUCCGUGCCGGACGAAUAUCACCUGGCGGAGACAGGAAAGCAGCCGACGACUGUGCUCCUUCUCCCCAGUUUCACUGUCGUCGAGCACGUCACGCCGCAAUUGGCCCCGGAUCUGAUCGAGCACUUUGUCAAUCGGUCACUGACAACGACCACACCUCUCAAGCCCGACGGCGAAUCGUCGCCGGAACCACAACCUCCAGCAACAAGCGCCACCAUCUCCACACCUCUCCGUUCGCACCCUUGUCCCCAUUCCGCCGUCAUCCUCCUCUGCUCACAGCGCACGCGCGACGCCCGCUGCGGCCAGUCCGCGCCGCUGCUGAAGCGCGAGUUCGAGCGCCAUCUGCGCCCGCUGGGUUUGUACCGCGACAUGGACGACACGCGGCCCGGCGGAGUAGGCAUUUAUUUCAUCAGCCACGUCGGCGGACACAAGUACUCGGCUAACGUGUUUGUGUAUCGUCGCCGCGAGGGCGCCGAUGAGUCCGAGGGCGCGGCGCAGGGAAUUUGGCUCGCGCGCGUGCGGCCGGAGGACUGUGAGAACAUCAUUCGGUUUACCGUCUUGCAGGGCAAGGUAGUCAAGCCUGGGACACAGCUGCGCGGGGGAUUCGAUCGGGCGCGCGGCGUCGUGAGUUGGUAG